CAAAAGAGGAAAGGCAAAAAUACGAACAUUACAAGUUCAGGAAAUUGCUCUUCUUUCAGUGAAGGACUUGUGCAUCGUGUUGAGUUCUUGGAUCACGCACGACCCAUCCAUGAGUGAUUACUAGUACUCCUUUUCAGUUUACGUAGAAUUUAAUCAACGAGACUGACCAAUUUAUGAGCAUUAGAAAUUAGUCAGACAAUGGGGAGAGUGGAUAAUGACGCUUUCCUUAGCGAAUUAACUCGCUUCUUCACGCGCAGCAAGGCAACCGGGACGGUUUACAUAACGACGAAAAGAUAUACUGGUCAAACUAAGCCCAAACCGCGUGGUGUGAAGGAUGAAGCUGAGAGCUCGAGCGACCAGAAGAUGUGCUUGAUUCGGGCAACACUCAACAAGAAAAAAAUUAGUACAGUUAUUAACAGUAAAGAUGUGAAUCGGUUUCAAAUGGCGUAUGCCAAUCUUCUAAAAGCACACAUGGAUGGGCUGAAGAAGCCGGAAAGAACGAAAUCGAAGAAAUCUGACAAGAAAAGCUCAUAGGCUGUGUAUGGCCUGGUAUUGCUCUUAUGCAGUUCUCAUCCAUCUCCUUGUUGUGUGUCUCUUUUUUUUACAUAUUUCCGUUCAUAAAAUCGAUAUCUAUAUCCAUGGCUCUGAAAUCAUAAAACCCAGCUCGCUGUUCAUAUUUGAUAUCUUUCAAUACAAAAUAAGAGACUGUGGCACUAGCAGAUCAUGUUUCUGACUCUCCCAUUCAACUAUUUUCACUUUGCCUCGCAUUUACUUUCUUUGAAACUCCAGGAAUUCCAGGCUGUACAUUCCUUGCUGGCUGUCAUGCGUGUAUGUGUACAUAAUCAUUCCUUGCUGGUUGUCACGCAUGUACUGCAGUAUAUUGCUCGUGUCCAUUGUUUUGUAUGCUUUGCUGUGCUACUUGAUACUUACCCAAUACACUGAGAAUACAAUGUCAUGUGUGUAACUGA